AUGUACCUUUGCUUUUCAAUCAGUAUCUUAGCUGUGGCCUGCUAUCAAUGGAAGUUUGCUGUUGUCAAUUACACUCAUCAAUUUCUCUACCACUUGCACACCUCUCGAGACCACCAUCUACACACUGCAAAGACAAACCCGGCAAUAUCUGCUUCGUCUCGUUUGGCUGUCCCCUCGGUUGUCCUCUCUUUGCCAGGCGAUUACGACAUUGGUUCACACCCCUGCGCAAUCAGCUCGCCUCCUGACUGGACCAGAGCACUUUGGCCCGAUCUCAUUCCCUCUCUCCCUCCAUCCGUCUGUCUCUUCGUCUAUACCCCUGUCUGUAGGUGUGUCUGUAUCAAUAAGCCAGCCUCUUGCCAUCGCUGGUACUGCACAAUCCAGCACUACGUGGAUACAUACAAAUUUGCAAAUAAAUGCCUAUCUACUUCUGUCGGUAUGCCUGACUCGGCCAUACCGAUUCACACAGGCCUAUCACCCAUCACCAGCCGACCAUACCCACCUGGCGAUCCUCUGCUCUUGGCUCAUCUUUACGUCUAUCUAUCCUUCCUGGCCAUCACACCCCCCCGGCUGCAUUCCGUGCAAUUCAGCCAUGGCUUCACAUUCACACGAUGUCUGGCAUUCUGA